UCUCAACAAAAUCAAAAUUCUUUGUUGUUAUUUUUAAGCCAACCCAACAUGUGGUCUAAAAUUAUUUAACAAUAAAUUAUGCAUUUAGCAUUACCUUUUAACACAAGAACUAUGGAUUCUAUAGAUAUUUGAUUGCAGUAGCAAGAGGUCAGAAAACAGGUAGAAUCCGAAUUGAUUUUGGAACAGCUGUUGGAAAUUGAUAUAACCUCAAAAUGGAGUCUUCGAUUCCCAUUUUCACUAGAGGAUCUGCUGGAAUAACAUCAAUUUCCGGUCCACCGAGCUUGAAACGAUUUGAUGAAUUUCCACCAAUCAACAACAAAUCGUGCAGAACCAUACUUUUCAGCCCUGAUGGGUCUUAUUUCGCCUAUACCAGUGCCUCAAAUAUAAAUAUUUUGGAAACCGAAAAAUGGCGUCCAAUAGCAACGAUCGAAAACACAAAGGCAUAUCAUUUAGCUUUUUCGCCUCAGAGUACGUUUUUAAUGACCUGGGAACCUUUUACCGUUAGCAAUGCUAACCCGCAAGGAACUCCUAAUUUGAAAAUUUACAAAACUCAAGGGGGAGAUUUGGUCAAGAGCUUCACUCAAAAGAAACAAGUAAAUUGGGAGCCUCAAUGGAGCAAUGACGAAAAACUAUUCACGAGACUUGUCAAUAAUGAUGUAGUGUUCUAUGAGGAUUUAAAUUUUGAAAGAAUUGUAACUAGAAUAAGCGGCUUGAAGGUGGUUUCUUAUAAACUAUCUCCAAAUGUUGGCACUUAUUUUAUUUUGUGUCAUACUUUGAGUGCUCAACCACCAUCAUUUGGAAGGCUUUUUAAAUAUCCUAACUUUGACAUUCAGCAAGCUGUUGCUAGCAAAAGCUUUUUUCAAGCUGACACUGUUGAGGUUCUAUGGAAUUCCAAAGGCAAUAAUGCCUUAUUGCUUACUUCAACUGAAGUAGAUAAAACUGGAGGUUCAUAUUAUGGCAAACAAGGGUUACAUUUUAUUGGUUUGAAUGGACAAACUGCUAUAGUGACUAUGAAUAAAGAAGGUCCAAUUUAUAGUGUGGAAUGGUCACCUAAAAACCAGGAAUUCUGCGUCAUUUACGGAUUUAUGCCAGCAAAAGCCACACUUUUUAAUUUAAAAUGUGAACCCAUUUUUGAACUAGGUACUGGGGCUAGAAAUGCCAUUUAUUAUAAUCCUCAUGGGAAUAUUUUGCUUCUGGGAGGUUUUGGAAACUUGCGUGGACAAGUUGAGAUUUGGGAUGCUGUAAACAAGAAGAAAUUGGGUAGUUGUGAAGCAUCAGAUUCCACUCUCCUUAGAUGGUCAGCAGACGGUGAACAUUUUCUAUCAGCCACCACAGCUCCCAGAUUAAGAACCGCUAACGGUUUCAAGGUGUGGCAUUAUUCUGGUUCUUUGCUGUAUGAAACUCACUGGCCUCAAGGUGAAGAGUUGUACGAUGUUGUUUGGAAGCCCGCUCCUAAAUUGGCAUUUAAAGAACCGCAAAUCACUAGUAAAAAAGUUGAAGGUAUAGCUCCGAGCCAGCCUCAAGCUUCAAAAGAGGCUUACAGGCCUCCGUCUGCUAGGAACCGUCCAACGGUUAACUUUAAGUUGCACGAUGAUGAUGAAGAAGCUCAUAGGGUAGGAUCAAAUAAUGCUCCUUCUAAGGCAGCCUUGAAAAACAAAAAGAAAAGAGAAGCUAAAAAAUUGAACCAAAACGAAGCAGGCGAAGGUAAAACAGCUCCGGUUGUUAGUAGUGUACAAGUGGCACUUACAGGAGACCCAGAAACUGACAAGAAGUUGAAGAAUAUCAAAAAGAAACUUGAUGCCAUUGAAAAACUUAAACAAGAGCAAGCUUCCGGAAAAACUUUGGAGGCGAAUCAGUUGACAAAACUCAAAGGGGAAGCUGAUUUGUUGAAAGAGCUGCAACAACUGACUCUUUGAGAGGCCGUUUCAACUUAACUAAACGAAUGUUAUGUUAUGAAUAAAGAAAAUUUAAUUUCAGACAGGU